GAGACUAAGCGAGAGCGAAAUGACUAGAGCGGGAAGAAGCGAAGCACAAGAGUUAUCAAGCAGGGAAGGGUUGAGCGAGAAUACACACAGAGGGAGGGGAGACAUUGGCAUAGACGACACGGAAAACUACGCGAAGCUUAUACAAAAUGAUGGCACUGGCAGUGUAUCCCUUCCUUAUUCUAAAAGGAACAACCUAUCUGCCAAUACAUGUGAUUCUGAAUGCAAGACUCAGAACACAGUUAGUAAAAAGAGUAAACGCGCAACUAUACCUCAAAAUAUGAAUACGAGCGACAGUAAGACAACCGUCGAUGGGAGCCACCACACGACUACUAAUUUCACAUCAGCAUCUUCUGGAUCUGACUCUGAUAACACUGCCAGUUCCUCGAAGCAGACAAUCUCCUCGGUGACCGACCUGCUUUUUGUCGUACCAAACGAGAUAGUUAUCAAACCAGCUGAAAACAGUAAAGUGCAAAGCGAAAUCAAGACGACGGAGAAACUGAUCCAGACGUCGCUUGAAGGCCUGCUAUUGCGCGUGCCUGGCGACAGUAGCCGACAGCAGCCGCACGAUGGAUCCGACACCGGACCAUCCCAAGACUCGGCUUUGCCCGAAGUAAGCACCGAGCCAUCUGUUGCAACCACACUGCGUGAGCUCACCCUGCCGAAUGCGAGCGUGGCGAGCGUCACCUCUACCACCGACGCGACGUCAACGCAAUUCCAGGAUGAAACUCCAACCCAAAGCUCCUCGAUACCACAUAAAGAUUCGGGAAGUCCAAAGGAAAACAAAACAGACUCUGCUGCAAAAGGCACAACAGAAAACGGAGAACACGAGCCGCCCACGGAUAACACAGAAAACGGGAAAUCCAAGAGUAACUCAAUUACCCGGCAAGAGAAACUGGUCCUGCGCACAGCGUGCCUCCCUAUCGGGUCGCUGGGCAAAUUUAAGGUCCAGGAUACUACAUAUCAAGUCAGGGGAAUGGGGGCAGGACACAUAGCCGCCGAAUGCUGGCGAGAGGUCUCCAACGUGGUAAACGACCACAUUAAGCUUCCAUACCUCGAUGAAACGACUCUUGUGGCCACCACGGCAUUCUAUUUCAUCGCGACCAGUGCAAAUCUCAUUGAGCCCGAGAUGACGUAUGGCUACGUUAGAGUGGAACAAUUUCGUCAAGCAGCGGACACAAUGUGCGAGCGCCGGCAGAAGCAGUUCCCCGACCCCCUGGCGUGCCUCGACUACCAGUACGCGGCGGCGCUGCUCAAGCACGGCCUCCAUCUCUCCGACAAGACCGAGAUCCUGGUGUGCGACAAGAUCCAGGGCUUCCGGCUGGGCUGGGCGCUCGGGGCGGCCCUUAACUACCUCCAGAGGCACUGACGGCGCGCGGUGAAUUCCUGCUGAGAAGCGCCUCCCCCGGGACUGGGGUUCCUGCAGCUACUCUAAAAAUCACACCAAAUACUCACCAGAACUUCCUCAUACACACACAUACACACACAC